ACAUAGUUUUCCACAGCCAACACAAGCCUCAAUAUCAUAAGAGAGCAAGUACCACUCAAUCUAGGGCAAGAAAGAAAAAUGGCACGUGUGCUAGGAACUGUGAUACCAAUUUUCUCACUUUUAGUGAUGUUGAUCCUAGCAAGAGGGUCAGAUGCUGGAGGAAUUUCCAUCUACUGGGGUCAAAAUGGGAAUGAGGGCACCUUGGCAAAAACCUGUGCCACAGGGAACUAUAAAUAUGUGAACCUUGCUUUUCUCUCCACUUUUGGCAAUGGUAGGACUCCAAGGCUAGACCUUUCUGGUCACUGUGAUGCGUCUAGCAAUGGAUGCACCAAGUUAAGCACUGACAUAAAGUCAUGCCAAGCUAAAGGUAUCAAAGUGAUCCUUUCAAUUGGAGGAGGGGUUGGUAGCUACUCACUUGCAUCCUCUGAGGAUGCAAGGCAAGUUGCAACUUACCUUUGGAACAACUUCUUAGGUGGACAAUCAUCUAGAAGACCACUUGGAAAUGCUGUUUUGGAUGGCAUAGACUUUGACAUUGAACAAGGAACAAACCAACACUGGGAUGAUCUUGCAAGGUACCUUUCAGCAUACAGCAAAAAAGGCAAGAAGGUUUAUCUAAGUGCUGCUCCUCAGUGUCCUUUCCCAGAUGCUUGGAUUGGUAAUGCCCUCAAAACAGGCCUUUUUGACUAUGUUUGGGUUCAAUUCUACAACAACCCACCUUGCCAAUAUUCUCCUAGAAAUAUUGCUAACCUUGAAAAUGGGUGGAAGCAGUGGAUUUCUCAUAUCCCAGCCUCAAAAAUUUUCUUAGGAUUACCAGCAUCACCACAGGCUGCUGGAAGUGGAUUCAUCUCUGCUAGUGAUUUGACAUCAAAAGUCCUUCCAGCUAUUAAGGAUAGCACAAAGUAUGGCGGUGUCAUGUUGUGGUCCAAGUACUAUGAUGAUCAAACAGGAUACAGUUCUUCCAUCAAAAGCAAAGUCUAGAAUCUUAGUAGCAUGUUUGGAUCAGCUUCUCUUUUAUCAGAAUUAAUUUUGGAGCCCAAAAGCUACUUACAAGAGCUGCUACUCAGAAUUGAUUCUGGAUUCUAUUAUAGGGGGGUUUUCAAAUAUGUAUUAAAUACAUAUGGAUAUGUUGGACCUUGAGUUCAUGAUGUGUUUCUGUGUGUUCAUAUAUAUUAAUUAUGCACAUUAUGUUAAGUGCCUCUUUUACUCACUUUGAUAAGACAAGCAAAAUUGUUGCUUAAAAUCAAUAUAUACCGAAUCAAUGCCUAAUAAGCAGAGGUAUAUUAUAUAUGA